GAAGAGAUUUGUUUAACAAACUAUUAUAGGACAUCAUCAUAUUCAUAAUGUUGUUAAUAGUAGUAUAUAAACUACUCUAUAUACUGCUACUAAUCCCAAUUCUAUUGAUAAAACGGAGAAAGUUUCAAAAAAAGCGAAAGGAAAGACAACAGAGAGCCACAGUCGUUGGAAUCUUUCAUCCAUAUUGCAAUGCAGGUGGAGGAGGCGAGAGAGUGCUUUGGGCUGCGGUUCAAGCUAUACAGAAUAUAUAUCCUGAUGUACAUAUAGCUAUAUAUACGGGCGAUCUUGAUGCUGAUCCCGAAACGAUUCUUAGCAGAACUGAAAAAGCAUUCAAUGUAAAAUUACGUCCAAACAUUGAAUUUGUCUAUCUGCGUAAACGAAAAUGGGUGGAAGCUUCCAUGUAUCCUCAUUUCACAUUGCUAGGGCAAAGUCUGGGAUCUAUCUGGUUGGGCAUCGAGGCGUUGGACAGUUUUCCACCAGACAUAUACAUUGACACAAUGGGUUACGCGUUUACGUAUCCUUUAUUUAAAUAUAUCGGUGGUUGCCGGGUCGGAUCAUACACGCAUUAUCCCACCAUUUCGACCGAUAUGUUAAAGCAUGUCUACAGAAGAAUCAUCACGCACAACAACCGACGAAUCAUUGCCAGAAAUCCAAUUCUCUCGGGGAUGAAGAUUCUUUACUAUCAAUUAUUCGCACAAUUGUACAGAUUAGUCGGUAGUUGCGCCGAAACCAUAAUGGUAAACUCCUCGUGGACCGAAGAUCAUAUCAACUCUAUCUGGAAAUGUCAAUUAAAGACGCAUCGAGUGUAUCCUCCAUGCAACGUAGAACAUCUGACUAAAUUGCCGUUACUCAAUGAUGAGGAAAAAGGUGACUAUAUACGUAUAGUGGCGCUCGCACAAUUCCGACCAGAGAAGAAUCAUCCGCUCAUGUUGAGGGCCAUGUUCGAACUAAGAUCGAUUCUUAAGGAGGAAAUCUGGGAAAGAGGAAGCUAA